AGGUGCUGAUUAGCUGGGUCAAUAAAAAGCUACUGUGGGAGCAGCCCAUGUACUUCCAUGACUUCAUCCUGAAACCUGGUACAACAAUCAUUUCAAACCACCGCUUCUGCAGAGCAUAGAGAGCGUGACUCUUCCCCUGCCACCACUUCACACCUCAUCACGAUGCCUCAUCGUCACUGCUCCGUGGAGAUUAACAACAACUCUGGCUGCUACACUCUGGCCAACCCAAGGGUGUUCACUGAGAGCGGCGAAUGUGAGGUCCCUCUGCCACCCAUGGUGGGUCCCUGCUCCGCUGCUGGCGCACUGUUCAACAAGACCACCGGCUGUGCGACUGGAGCCAUCGGUGUCUUCACCUACGACCUUUUCAACGCCGAUCUGAACGACUACAGCCACAUUAUGGCUGUCAUGUACUCUGUGCCCUAUGACCGGAACCUCUACUCCAACUGGUUUGCUGUGGGCAUCUUUGAAAGAGGAAAUGACUGCGACUACAAUCUGUACGAUAUUAUGUAUAAUGGAGGUGAAAACAACUUUGUAAGAGCAAAAGCUGAUGGCUCCUGCAUUUCCUAUGAGGGCGAUUAUGUUAUUGUCAGUGCCUCCAUGUCUGACUCAGGUGAAGCAGUCUUGAGGGUGGAUAUCAGUGAUACUGGCAUGUACUAAGUUAAUCAAAGAUCCAACUGUUAAUAUGUAAACUAUAGUGUGAACCAAAAGUGAGUUUAAUAAAAUAUUCCAAGAACCUCAA